AUAGUUAGUAGCUUAGUUAAUAAAAUUUACUAAUUUGUUACUGUUGUUAUUCUAUAUCUGCAUUUUUCUAUGAUUCUAUAGUUAGUUAUAGCUGCUUAAGUUUCAUUUCAUAAAAUGCCUUUUUUAAAUUUUGAUUAAAAAAUCUACUACUUUGAUUAGUAUAAAAAAUAAAUAUCAAAUUUAAUCUAAUGAUUUUAUUUUGCUUAUAAAAUUGUGUUUUCACUUAUAUAAAAUGUUGCCAAAUGACCAGGGUACAUGUAGUCCAUCAAUUAAUAAUUUGACUGAAACAGAUGCAGAAAAUAAUACCUUGGAAAAUAGUAAUCAGCCUAACAUGAAUUCUUGUAAAAAGAAAUCAUGGUCUGAGAUUCGUCAAACUGUGUGUGAUUUUCGUCAUCAACUCUCUGCAAUUUCAGUAUUGUCAAUUACUCAUAUAUCUUUUCGACAUUUACAAAGUGGAAAGAUACGAAUUUAUUUUCUUAGUGCUCCAGUAAAUGAAUUUGAAACACUAUUGUAUGUUGAUUUACCAAAUCAAGGUAUAAUAGGCCAGCUUCCAUGGCAACCUUUAAUUGAAUCCAAUUUCCCAACCGUUAUAAUGGGAGGUCGUUAUUCACGGGAAGAACAACUUUUAUCUGAAAGGAAAAGGUUGACCACUUUUGGCAUUACAUCAUAUGAGUUAAAUAGUGAAUCUGGUAGAAUUGUGUUUCCGGCUGCAAGUACAUUAUUUCAUUGUCUUGACAAUGAGUAUUCGAAUAGUAUGUUGUAUCCAACUGAAUUAAGGACUAGUGCUACAGGUGCUAAGCUUUCACCUCAAAUUUGUCCAAGUAAUAUUGAUCUUAUAGCAUAUGUAUGCAAUUUUGAUAUCUGGGUCACACAUUUAACUACAGGUAGUACUAAAAGAUUGACUUUUGCUCAUAAAGGAGGACGAUGUUUAUCAGAUGAUCCAUUAGCAGCUGGAGUACCUUCCUAUGUAAUGCAAGAAGAAUUUAACCGUUAUCACGGUUACUGGUGGCAACCAAAAAACCAGUCUGAAGAUGGGAUUUAUAGAAUAUUGUAUGAAGAGGUUGAUGAGAGUGAAGUUAAAAUAUUUCAUUUCCCUUCAUCAAAUUCAGCUGGUAGUGGUGAAAUUGAACAAUAUAGGUUCCCUCGAGCUGGAACUGCCAAUUCAAAAUCAAAUUUAAAAUUAGUUGAAUUCAAAUUAGAUGAAGAAAAUCAAAUAAUUUCAGUAAGAAAUUUAGAACUUCAAUAUCCUAUAGCACACAUGUUUCCUUGGAUGGAGUACUUGGUUAGAGUUGGAUGGACACUAAAUGAUAAUUUAAUUUGGCUAGAAAUAUUGGAUCGUAGACAACAAAGACUAGAACUAGUUAUUUUAUCAGUUGAUAAUUUUGUUGAGCUCGGAUCUCCAAAUUUGACUAGUACAACACCAUCAUUAACUUAUUUUAUCCCGCCACAAGUCAUUUACUCUCAAACAUCUAAUAUCUGGGUGAAUGUUCAUGAUUUAUUGUACAUUUUUCCAAUAACUAAUAAUGGAGAGGUAACAAUUAUUUGGGCCACUGAAGAUACUGGAUUCAGACAUUUAUAUUUAAUUACCAGUGUAAUCACAAGAAUAGCAAAUGAAAAUGGACUGCAUACCAUUGAUCCAAGUGAAAAUAAUAUGAUGACAUCUAAAUUAGCACUUACUAGUGGAAAUUGGGAAGUUUGUGGUAAAGGCCUUUGGAUUGAUUUAGAGUAUCAAAUUGUUUACUUCAUGGCAGUCAGAGAAUCACCAUUAGAAAAACAUUUGUAUGCUGUUUCAUUAAAAAAUCCGGGAAAUAUUAAAUUGCUCACUAAACCAGGAUAUUCAUAUGAAAUUGAUAUUGAUAAAAAUUGUGAGGUUUGUGUAGCUGUGUACAGUAAUAUAAGGAUACCUCCAUCUUGUCAAGUUUUUCGAUUAGAACAUAGUGAUAUGACUAUUGAAGGAAUACAUUUGCAAUCAUUAGGAUUUUUAGUUGAAAAAAAUGAAGUGAACAGUGUAUUACAAAGCCCUACUCUAAUAACACAUAAAAUUAAUUCUGGCGAUGUUUUAUUUGCCAUGGUAUUUAAGCCACAUAAAUUUGUUGCUGGAAAAAAAUACCCUACUGUUCUUCAUGUUUACGGUGGGCCAGAAGUUCAACUCGUUACCAAUACAUAUAAAGGUGCAAGACAUAUAAGGAUGCACAUGUUAGCAUCUCAAGGUUAUGUUGUUGUUGCUAUAGACUCUCGAGGAUCUAGACACAGAGGUUUACAAUUUGAAAGUCAUUUGAAAGGAAGACUUGGAACGGUAGAACUAUCUGAUCAAAUUGAAGUAUUACAGUGGUUAUCUGAAUAUUUAGGAUAUAUUGAUAUGAAUAGGUUGGCAAUACAUGGAUGGUCAUAUGGUGGAUAUUUGAGUCUUAUGGGUCUAGCCACUUAUUCAAAUAUCUUUAAAGUGGCAAUAGCUGGCGCUCCCGUUACAUCUUGGACUAUGUAUGAUACAGGUUAUACCGAGAGAUAUAUGGAUUUACCCCAACAUAAUUCUGUUGGGUAUAUGAAUGGAUCUGUUUUAAGUUAUGUUAGUCGUUUACCAGAUGAAGAAAACAGACUUCUAAUCAUACAUGGAUUAAUAGAUGAAAAUGUUCAUUUUUCACAUACAAGUUUGUUAAUUAAUACACUAGUAAGAUAUGGUAAACCUUAUCAACUUCAGAUUUAUCCUAAUGAACGACAUAGCCUAAGAAGUUUGGAUGCUACCAAACAUUAUGACACAACAUUUUUAUCAUUUUUGCAAAAUUAUUUAUAAUUGAAACUAAAAUGAUUUAAGUAAAUUUACGAUCUUAUAUUUUAAUUAGCUCUUAUAAUUUUAGCUUAUUUAGUUUUUUUUUUUUUUUGAAUAUUUUGUUUUAUUAUAACUUUUCAAUACUAAUAAGCUUUUCUUAGUUAUUUUUGUGAAACUCAAACAUGUCUUUAGCAUAAAAACAUAUUAUCAUAAAAUAAAAAAUCAAUUUUAUUUAUUUAUUUUUUUAUAUAAUUAAAUAAUUAUUGUAUAUUUAAUAAUUUAUUAUUUUUUAUAUAUUUUUAAACUGUACUUAAGAAUUAAACAAUAUGGAAUUAUGCUGUGAUUUUGUUUUAUUUAAAUGAUUAUUAUUAUAAUAUGUAAAUAUAGUAACAAUAAUAGUAAUUUAUUUAAUUAUUAAUAUAUAGUUAUGUAUAAUAUCCCACAAUAUAGUAUUGUAAUUA